GGCUUCCCCCUGAUGGUGUGCUGGCUGUGGCAAAGAUGAGCGGCACUGUGUUCUUCUCCUUUGUUCUCUUCCUGGGCAGCGAGUGGGGCGUAGAGCCCCACUCUAUCUCUAUGACUGAAGGUACCAUCACAAGUAUAUUGUCAUGGCAACUGGAGGGAUGGAAGACUCACAGGGAGCCUCAGCCAGGCCGGCUGGUGGGCCCCUCCUGCCGAGGCUGGGACGGUGUGGAGAAUGGCUUUCCCUCAAGUUCAAAGCAUCUCGAUGAAGAUUUGGCUAAACUGUUUGAUGAGAUCCUGCUGCAGGUGUUUCCCAGUCAUCUGGAUGACGUAUCCAAAGAUGCAACUACAGCUGGCAGACUGAUCACCUGGAGUGACGUGAAUGAAACUCAACUCAGCCCGAACAGCUUCAACAAUUCUGAACUGGCAUCAAGCUCACAUAAGCAAGAGGAACAUUUGGCUAAGAUAUUCGAUGAGAUCCUGCUGCAGGUCUCUUCUGCCGACCCAAAAUAUUUAUCAGAAGAAGGCGUGAGGACGGCUGAUGAAGCGGUCUGGUGUGGUAACCGGCUGCAGGCCCAGCGUCCAGCAGGGGGCAGUGCUGGUCCACAAGCAGAGGACACCGGAGAGAACCAGCUGUCUAUAAUUUGUGCUGUGUUCUGCAGACACGUCCAGAGCAACAUUGCCCACACGCUAUCUUUAGACAAGCACUCCAAUGCUCACACCGAGGGUCUGCCUUGCAGACAGAUGCUCAGCUUCCUUCAGAAGAACAUCAUUAUUGCCACCACCGCUGUGGCAGCAGUCCUCCUGGUCACAGUGCUUGUGGUGUUUGUACUGGUCACCUACAUAAGGCGGAAACAGCCAAGGUAUCCGCCGAUGAAUACGACGUACAAUAUUUUUAUAAUGAAUGGAAAGGGUUGGUGGCAAAAGUCCGAGGAAAAGCAUCUCAGGAAGUUCACAGGGAAGCAGAAACACCUGAAGAGUAAUUCCUUCGUGUAA